AUGGAUCCAAUUUGUGCAGAGACAGACAAUGUCGAACCUCUCAACCCUCGAAAGCGAGCGCGUCGUCGCAAUCGAACCAUCCACGCAUGCCUUGAGUGUCGUCGACGGAAGAUCAAAUGCGACCGACAGCAACCUUGCGCCGGCUGUCGAGCAGCUAGUCAGCCAUGCAUCUAUGUCUCCUCAGCAAACGGAGACGUGCAGUUUCGUCGGAGGUUAGCCCAGAUGAAGGAAGCCAAAGAUGCGUUGGACGAGGGACUGGUCGGACAAAGCGACGGCAAGGUUAAUAAAGAGCCCUCAAGCGAAGAAUCUGACGACCUCGCUGGUGACGGUUACCUCCAGCCGACACGACUGGCUAUCCAGGAUGCCGCCUAUGCCCCCGAUACAGAUGAUCAGGUCGAUGACAUUGGUAUUAGGCUGGGUCGGAUGCGGCUAGGCGAGAGAAUACGAAUUGCAGACGAGGUGAGACGCCCUGAACAGAAUAUUAUUCGUCCCAGCUCAAAAGUCUGUUCCGUCCCUCUGACAACCUCAUCACAAGGAUCCUCCAGUUCCGUGAAAUACAUGAAGUCCGGGCGGUUCUUUACAAAUCCAUCGGUCGGCCUCGUCUUUGGCUCAGCACAAUCAAGUAAAUUGCUGAUUGACUUUCUGUCUCCCCGGUUUGUCGCUGACAAACUCCUCGAGCGUUAUUGGGUCGCUGUACACCCCGUGGCACGGAUUCUGCAUCGCCCAACGUUUGCCCAGUGGUAUGAGACAAUGUGGGAACUUGUGAGCAAUGGGCACGAAAUGAUUGCCUCCCUAGGAGCAAUCGUACUGGCGAUCCUUUUCUCUGUUCCCGUUAGUUUGGAUGACGAAUAUUUGGACGGAUGUGAUAUCUCGCGAGAAGAUCUGAAGAAUCGCCUGCAGUUGGGGACCGAGACUGCGCUCGACAGAGCGCAACUGUUAACCACCGCGAAGACGGAAACCUUGCAGGCCUUUGUGGCAUAUAUCCUUCCGAUGUGCUUAGGCGAAGCCUCCCGUGCCCAUUCGGUACUUUGUAUGGGCCUCCAUCCUGACCCCAUAGAGUAUGUCUAUCCUCCAGUAGAAUGCCAGAUCCGGCGAUUGAUCUGUGAGAUACAAGGCCCGCGACCGUUUAUUCAACCGGAUGGUACACCUUUACCCACUAUGUGGAACGAUAUGGUGCUGUCAAUGAUCCGCUUUGAAUGUCAAGAAAUGCAUCGCCGCUGCUUGAGGCUGCACAGUCACGUUGAUCAAAAAAGGACAAGUCUCACAAAGGUGAUAGCGGAGCUGGAAGCGUUUCGCAUCGGGAUGGACAAGAAGCAUGGCCCGUUGAUCGACGGCUCUCCCCCUCAGCAGCCAAUCCAGAGCAUGGCAUGCCUGGUCUUGAAGCUCAUGGUGAGCCUACUCUAUAUUUGUCUCUUGCAUCGCUACAUGGACAGCUCUUGGUACAGCAGCUCCUAUCAUCAAUAUCACGUUGCGUUCCUGCUCUUGUGCGCAGUGUUUGCAUUUCCUCUCCGGAAAGAAGCGACUCGCAUCUGGCGUUGUCUCGAUUUUGUUUUUGCCGAGCCUCUGAGGAAUGUUGCUGGCGUGCGAAUAUCGGAAACGCUGACACUUCAAGAGAUCAUUGACUAUCGCUAUACGAAGGGUCAUUACCUUAUCACCACCAUAUCCGAACGGAUGCACGUAUACCAAGCUUCCAAAAGGUUGAGGCUGCCUUCGAGCUUCGAUGAUUCAAUGUUUGUCAUCACUCCUCAGGUUGUCGAGGACGCGGAUCCCACGAUGCCUCUGAAUUGUGGCCAUGACAACCCGGAGGCAUCCUCGGAAUAUCCGACCGUGCAAGAUUCUAUGCCUGGUCUAAAUAGCACAGAACAAACACACAAUCACCCUUUCGGGGGCAUCAUCACUCAGUUAAGUCAUACUCUGAGACCCUGGUCCAAUAUACAGCCUGCUGGAUCCCAGUAUUCGACGGAGGUGCAUUGUCAAGAACCGUCUUCGUAUCAUGGUAACCUCUGGGACACAGUGUUUCCACCUGAAUACAACGAUGGAAAUAUCGACAUUCAAGGUGGUGCUUGGUGA